CCUGCUGUGAAUAUGAGCUGUGUACACAUUUGUCGUAACGAAGCGAGCUUCAGGGGCUUCCUUCACUGUUACUUGCACGCUCCAACUUGAGGAGGCUCCGUGAAGAAGCGCGUCCUGGCGCAAGGCAACGAGCGUCGCGCCAUGGAUCCGUCAAGCAUAUCUACUUCGAGCGCAAGCUACCCGCUGACGCUACCUGAGUACACUCGCUAUGGUCGGCAGAUGAUCUUGCCUGACUUUGGCCUGCAAGCGCAGCUUCGGCUCAAGAACGCACGCGUACUUGUCGUCGGCGCCGGUGGACUCGGGUGUCCGGCCAUACAGUAUCUUGCUGCCGCUGGUGUUGGAAAUAUUACCAUCAUUGACCACGAUGUUGUCGAGAGGUCCAAUCUUGCACGCCAGAUUCUGCACAGUGACGCGCGUAUUGGGCAACCCAAAGCGUCCUCCGCUUCUCUGUCCGCCUUGCAGAUCAACCCUCACAUCAAUGUGGAUCCUCUCGUUGAACCGCUAUCUCCCGCUAAUGCCCUACAGCUGGUCCAGGGGCACGAUAUUGUGCUCGAUUGCACAGACAAUCCGCUGACGAGGUACUUACUCAACGACGCGGCUGUGCUUGCGGAUAGGAUGUUGGUGUCUGCUGCGGCACAGGGUUAUGAAGGCCAGCUGGGUGUCUGGAACCGGUGGCUAGAUCCAAGGGAGGAGGUGGUCCCAAGCCAUCAGCUAGCGGAUAAGGGCAAAGCAGGAGAACCAAGCUUAGAAGAGCAAAGGACAGGAGGCGCGUCAACGCGCUCACGGCGCCUCACACACCCCCGUGGACCGUGCUAUCGAUGCAUCUUCCCUGUUGCACCAUCUCCGCAACAUGUGACAGACUGCGCGGAUAGCGGCGUGCUCGGCGUCAUCACCGGGCUUGUUGGCACGCUGCAAGCAACGGAAGCAGUGCGCCUCAUCGCCCGAAUUGGGGAUGAGUUUAGCGAAGACGCUUUAGAGCAUGCUGCGAACGCGGAAAGGGAGACAGCACAGGCAUGCACAGAAACUCCACUUGGACGAAAGGCAGCACCGGCAGGCGUCAUGACCCUCAUCUCUCCUAUCACAUCGCCUAUGCAACCAUUCAGAACUAUCAAGCUGCGGCCCAGGCGACUAGGCACAUGCAGAGCUUGUGGUGAUCCGUUGCUCGUGCGAGCCCAUCUGCACAAGAAAGCCGGCGCUGAAGGAGCCGAAGAGGCAAGCGAACCGGGGCAAGAGGUAUCUUCAAUGAUCGAGGACUUGCAAAGUGAAGACUAUGUCUCAUUCUGCGGUCUCAAAGCCGCACCAGGAGCCGACAGGGCGCAAUGCGACGUGAAUGGUGGGCAAAGGCUCGAGCCGAUCGUGCUCAAACGCGUCGCAAUAAGAGCCGAAGAGAACGAACCGGGGGCUGGAGGAAUCACCAUCGACGUACGGCCCGCCGUGGAGUACGGUAUCGUCCAGCUGGGUGAUACUUGUAACAUGCCGAUUGAUAGGAUCCGCCGCGCGCCUUCUGCCGCGCUCGCAGAUAUCCACAAUUUGGUUGCAUCUGGUUCGCACGCACAUUCGGCAGUGCCGGUCCAAAUAAGGCUUCUGUGCAGGCGUGGAAACGACUCGCUAGAGGCUGCCAGACUCCUGCGACGCGAGGAGACGAUCCGUCAGGGGCACAAGGGCGGGGAAGGGCCACAAGCCAGAGAGCGAGUCAAACUGGAUUUUGUGGAUGUCAGAGGCGGUCUGACCGCUUAUUCUCAUGAUGUUGAUGCUCAAUUCCCGGUGUACUGACAUUGUAUAUUCUGAAUGCAUUGAACGAACCAUUGGGCA